AACUAUGCUCAAGCUGGGACUUGCGUUUCCCACUCGUUGGCCCUUCAGAUGCCGUCUCCUGGGAAUGCCUAGUAUAAGAGGUGAGGCAAGACUCUCUGUGGACAAGGAGAAAACUUCAUGGCUACAGCACGAGCAGCAGGAAGUAGAGGGCGAAACUCAGGCGAUGGAAGAUGCUCCUAGAGUCCAGAGGAACGAGAGAGUGUUGAUCAAUCAUGCAAUUCAGGAGAUCCAACGCAGACCUUUGGAGGUGCCCACAAUAAUCGGCGACGAACCUGUAUACACCAUGGAUAAACAAAGGGUCGCCUGUCCUCAUCAUCUCGAGACAAUCUUAGCACAGGUUUAUUACGCUAAUCGGAAGCAAAUCGAGACUGCGAUCCAGUCGGCCCUUUCGGCACAGGGAACUUGGAGUAUGGUUCCUAUCGCCGAGCGCCUUGCCAUUUGGCGACGGGCGGCAGACAUUAUUGAGGAGGAUGAGUUGAAGUUCCGAGUCUUUCUAAUGCUAACCCUCAGCAAAACUAUCGAAGAUGCGACUCGGGAUAUUCGGAGGCUGCUCAGCUCCCUGAGAGCUAAUGCCGAUUAUUUAGAGCAUUUAUCCGAGCUGCGCUUCGAGAUCCAGGGCGAUAUGAAUGUCUUCCCCAGCUUUCAUAUGCGACCAAUAGAUGGUUUUGUUGCCGCUCUGGCACCAUUUGAAUCGGUAGCCUUGUCCUCCAGUUUGGCUCUUUGUCCAGCGCUAAUGGGCAACACAGUUCUGUGGAAUCCCUCUUUGGAGGUGGCACCAGCCAGUUUUCUUAUUUACAGAGCUUUUCAGGAGGCUGGUCUUCCUAGUGGAGUGAUCAACUUUGUGCCAGCUAAUGAGCGUCUGUUCCUGGACACCAUUACGGAUGCCAUACACUUUGCCGGACUGAACUCCCAAGGCAAUGUGGCUAAAUAUAGGUAUGUGCACAAACUGGUGAGCGACAAGAUGGAGCGAUAUAUCUGUUUUCCCCGUCUGGUGGCUGAGUGUCCGGGUCAGAACUUCCAUUUUGUUCAUGCUAGUGCCAAGGUUGAGUCUGUGGUCUUAGCCAGCGUCCAGGCGGCCUUUGGAUUCGCCGGGCAGUACGCAAACUCGCUGUCCCGAAUGUACGUGCCCUCGUCAAUGUGGCCGCGACUCCGAAUUGAGUUACUGGAGGCUACGGAAAAGCUGAAAAUUGGAGACCCCGUCCAGUUAGACACUGAUGUGGGGGCUAUGGUGAAUGUGGAUGAAUUCCGUCGGAUGCAAAAACUCCUGAAGCGCACCAAGGAAAUGGAGCAGUUGUGCGGUGGGAGCUGCGACGAAAAAAUUGGUAGGUUCGUUCAACCAACUAUUAUACGAGUGGCGGAUCCUCUGGAUCCGCUACUGUGUGAGCCGUGCAGCGGACCCUUUUUACCAGUGUUCGUCUAUGCUGAUGAAUCUUUCGGAGAGGCACUCAAGCUGGCUGCAAAUCAGUCGAAAUAUGCGCUAUCCGGCUCUAUUUUUGCCAGUCGGGAUGAGGUGAUCCUCCACUGCCUUAAACAGUUGCGGAUGUCCGCCAGCAAUCUCUACGUAAACGAGCGAUGCACAGGAAGCAAUUACGGAUUGACACCGUUCGGAGGAAAUCGGUUGUCUGGUACAAACGAUAAAUCCGGAUCUGCCUACUUCCUCAUGCGCUGGUGCUCGCCGCUACUUGUUGAGGAGACUGUGGAGGGCCCAGUCCCGUCGCAGAGAUCAAAUAAGUUUCCAUAAGUUUAAAAAUUACAAUAAAACGAAUUUUUGUGGUCCUAA